CUACCUACCUGGCUAUUUUGCCUUUCCUCCGCAGGCGGAGCGAACGCGUUUGCCUUUAUCCUCGUCCUCUGCGGAGAACAUGGAUCAGCCAUCUCAGGCCCCCUCCGUAGGAAAUACGCGUCAGAAUGACGAAGACAAACAUGCCAAGUCCAAGGAGCGGCAGCGACACGCCCAGCUCGAAGAAAAACGCAAGCAACGCCAGCAGCAAGAACGUCACGAAGCAUACCUCUCAGAGCUCGCUUGGGUUCGCUCAGGUGGUAUCUUGCGCGAUGCGCGUGGUCGCAGGGAUAAGGUUCGCACUGUAUGGAUGCAGGAGGAGAUUCGCCUGCAGGACGAGGAGAAGAGAAUUAUGGAUCAAUGGAACGCAUAUGAGCUGCGUUGGAAGGCCCUCAACGCGUCAAGAGGCCCUGUCACAUGGGGAGACAUACCUUGGCCCUCUAGCAUCCCUCCAAAUUCGUCCAGCGACCUCACGCACGAAGCAGUGUCCGAAUUCAUAUUGUCUACCCUCAAAGUUCGAGGAGCCACAGGGUCGCACAGGGAGCGCAUACGCUCCUCACUUUUGCGAUGGCAUCCUGACAAGAUGUCUGCGCUUAUCUCGCGGGUGCAAGAGGAAGAACGCGACGAAGUGCGGGAAGGGAUCAACGCUGCCUUCAGGUCUUUGAAACAGCUACAGGACGAAGGGAAGCAGGCAUGCUGUUAGGUCCCUACGCUCCGUCGUGUUUGUUUACUUCUCACAUCUCUUCUGCUUUACUUACAUGUUUGUUGGUUCGGGGUACCAGUGCCACUAAUACCCGUAUGUAUUUAGACCUGGAAGUGUAAUAUAAUCUCGGAAUUUUGGAUAUACUU